UGUACAUUGAGUUUAGACGUUGAAGUAGUACGCGGAAAGUUGAAUUCAUUAAUGAAGUUAUUUUUAAGGUUUGCGAAAACCAGGACAUUUACUUAACUAUGCCUCGUAACUUUAGUCUUCAACCUGAAAGAAAGAGUCGUAUGACUGGAAUUCCUUCUAAUAUUAAAGCAAGGACUUCAUCUGUUGGUCCACAGGAACAAAAACCCGUAAACCGUGAGGUCAAAUCUAAAGCAAAUAUCACUAAGAUGAUAGGAAGUUUAAUUCAGUUUCUGGAAACCACCGACUAUUCUAAUUCCCUUUCUCCCAAAAUCCUCCAUUCACCCAACUCAAAAGAAAUUUUUUCAAUAUUCGAACAUCUUGUUCGACAAGUUGAACCCUCCUUUCGUAUUGAAAACGACGGAAUAAAAGCGGAAGAAGUUUGUCUAAAUUAUCUUAAAAUUUUAGGCUAUCCAAAUAUUCUUAGCAAGCAUCAUUUAUUAGCACCUGGUGCUCCUCAAGCCUGGAAUUCAGUUUUAGCGGCGUUCGACUGGUUCAGAGAAGAAACAGAAAAUGCAAACGACGCUAUAAAUUUUUCGGUGUUCAGGUAUGAUGAUGAUCAAGAUACUGAAGAAGAGCCGCUGAACAAAAUUAUUUUUCAAUUGAAAUCAGUUAUUUUUAAAAGAAGACGCGAAGGCUUUGAUAUAUUUCCAAGUGAUAUUGAAGAUUAUCGUUGUCGUAUCAACAGAGUAUUGAACGCUCCAAGUGAAGAUGAUAUGAAGAAACUUUAUGAUCGUCUGAACGAAGUGGAUAAAGAAAUGAAUAGUAUAAAUAAUGUAGAUGACGAAGAAAGAUCACUAAGAAUUCAAUUAGCUGAAACGGAAUCCAGUUUAAAAUCAUUAGACGAAAACUUGCGUGACCACGAAUCUCAGAUAGCUAAUUUAAAGUCUUUAGACGAAGAGCGCACGAAAGUUUUAAAGGAACUUGAAUUAAAAAACAAAGAAGCAGAACAACAAUUGGUUACAGUACGUGCAAAAGUAAAGGAACAAGAAGAUGCUGGUUAUGGACGAUUAGCUCAAGAAUAUAUUAUGCUUCGGGAACGUGUUGAUGCUCGAUUGCAAGCUAAAGAUGAUUUGAUUAAACAAGUUGAACAGAAAGAAUUGGAUUAUACACGUUCAGAAGGCACCAUUGCCCCUACUCUGGACGCUUACAAUCGUCUUGUCGGAUCAUUAAGGAAACCACCGUUUUCACAGAUCACCAAAAGCUGUAAUUUGGAAGUUUGCACAUAUCGUAAAGGAUUUGAUAUUGCUAAGCAAUUACCAUUGCUAGUUCAAAAUGUCAAGGCCUGCGUUGAACAAUUGACUUUGGCUUUGACUUCUAAAGAACAACGACUAAGUGAACUAGUCGAACGUCUCGAAACACUUCAAUCAUCAAUCAAUAGUUCAGAAUUACCAGGUGUACAAGCUAAACUGGAUGAAGUAAAAAUAGAUUUGGCUAAAUUAGAUGAACUUUUGGCUGAAGAAUACAGUGCACAUGCAAAAGCAGAAGAAGAAUAUAUUAAUUUAUGUUCUCACAGAGCUAAAGAAUUAGAACAGUUAAAAAAGCAGUUGACUGAUGAUGAACAACGUCAGACGGAGUUAAGCGUAUGUUGUGUAUUUUUUACCUGAUGACAACUAUGUUCUCUCUUAUGAGUAAAACGGAUUUCUGGAAAUUGUUAAUUUCCAUAGCUUAUGUAAUGGAUUUAAUCUUAUUUGGAUAAUCACUUAAAACUGGAAAUCAUUGAACAGCUCUUUCGUCUUAGUAUGAUACCUCUUAACGGUACUCAUUCACGAUCUCAUGAUAGUUUAGACUCAGAAGCUCGAGGUCUCGUGACUUGAUCUUGACAUAUAGACUGCGGAGCCGGCAUCGAAUAGUUUACUUGUCUAACUCAAACUAAUUCACGAUAUUAUGUAACCUCAUCUAAUGUUACUGAUGGAUGACUGCUUCACACUUGACAUGGUUAAACUUCACUGGUUAUGGCUUUUCGCUAGAACUGUCAGUUCAUUUUUACUAAAUAUGAGUUUAUUGUAUCUAUAAAGUAUGCUGACUGCAGUGUUCUAGUUUUUUCCUUGUAACCUUAAAAUGUUCAUCCUUACGUAUUUAACUGAAAUCCUGAAACACCGGGAUUAAUAACGCAUAAAAUAAACGACAUACGGACACUUUUGUUUGAAAAUAUAACUUUUUAAGCAGAAAUGAUAAGUAUUUAUGCGUUGUACAUAAAUUAUCGAUUCAGUUUUAGUCAUUAAAAGCUCCCUGCUUUUGUUUUUCUUAGUUAGCUGGUUUGGACUCUUGUAUAAGAAGCUUGUAUAUCUGUAUCAGAUUCUAUCGACAGCACAACAUAACAAAUUCACUUGUAAUACCUUCUAAUUUUAAUUAACGAAUUUCGAAAUCAAUAUUAGAUAAAACUUAAACUUGUGUUAUGUUCCUUGAGGUACCUGAAUAAUUUAGUUGUGUGAAGUUUCAUUGUCUUUCUAGAAAAAAUUAUUAACAGCACAUAUUUCACAAAGAAUGCCAAUUAAUUGGGAUUUCCUCCCAACUCACCAAUAGCUUGUUUUGUUGACCUGGAAUAAGAUUAGUCGUUGUUUUUUUGUUCUGAUGGUCGGAAAUUCUGAAACCGUAGUUAUAUUACCCACUUGUCAAUUUUUUCUGUUGAUUGAAUACAUAGUGAGACGUUAAAUCACCACUGCGUUAUGAAAUUUUGUGAGUAGCUACUUUUUAUAAUAAGUCUAUCAGAUAUUUCUUUUCAUUUCUCUGUAUAGUGUCUGUACUAAAAUGGGUCUGGAUACAGCUUAAUUUCGUGAUCGUUCGGUUGUUAUUGUUGUUUUAAUCACGGAUCCGAACAGCGAUAACAUAAUUAUGGACAAAAAAACCAAUUAAGAUUCAUUUCAACAGAACUGGUUUUUAGUGAACUAUGGUUAGAUCCUAGUAAUUCACUUCUUUCUGAAGUAUGUGCUGAUAAUGAUGUUCGCUAGAAAAGCACUGAGACCUUCACGACCCAACCAUUAAACUCAAAGUUCUGAAUAUGCCGUCAACAACCUCAUCCUUAGCUAUAAAUAUUCUCCGUCAUGUUAGUGAAUAACGAUGGAUUUCUUAAACUUUUUAGUUAUCACAACGACUUACACAAGAGUAAGGAUAGAAACCAAAAUUAAAUACAAAUUUUUUUGUGUGUGAUUGAUAAUAUGUAGUUAAUAAAACCUAUGGACUGCAAAUUAGAUAACCAAAUUACUGAAAAAAUUACGUAAGAUUAAAGUUAGAAACUAAUGUUAAACAAAAUUUCUCUCUGAGUUUAGAAAAUGUCCUACUCUACCCGAAGUGUAAAAGGUGCCUUAAAAAAGCAUCAAAGUUGCAAAUCAUAACAACUGAUUUCAAUCUUCAAGUAAUCCUACAUAGUGUACUGAAUUCAAUUUAUUUUAGAUUUGAAUGAAACUUGGUAUACUCUUUUAAUUUAUCGACAACAAUUGUACCAUCUACGCCUGUUGGUUAUAGUAGGAAUGUUUCGUUUAACCCCUCAUUCUAGAAUAUCUCUAGGAAAUAAGUCCAAUUCAAAUAUUUUCUUUCUAAAUAUUGAGCUAAUACGGUUUUAAUAAAUCAACCCAUAAGAAAUCAACUUGUAAUUGUCUUCAUUACAGGUUUUUAUAAAAUCUACAUAUAUGACGUUGUGAAAGAUGGUUUAAAUUUUCUUAAGGAGAUUUUCAUUGAAAGUAAGUAUCUUAGUAAACUUCAUCUCAAAACUAUUAGUUUGAAGCCCGGCUAAUAUAUUUCACUGUUGACAUUGUUCAUGUACUUUGUAGUUCAGUUCAUAUUUAUUCACAAAAGUACUCAGAAAAUCGACUGCCUUAUUUCCGUAAAUGGUGUUUUUGCCCAGCUAAGCUCUGAAUAAUUUAUUCACUUUAAGCCUCUAAUAUGCUGUGCUUUUCUGUGCAUCUACCAGUUCACUUACUGUUGUAGGUUACUUAAAGUUAUUUGCUUUGCUUAAUGUUCACCUAUUUUGGUUACAGAAAGCAUAAAAUAGUUCCGUUAACAAACUUGUACGUACAUUAUCGAUAUUAUUAAUGAUGAUUAUUUUGUAAAAUGAAGCAUUAUUUGAUUUUGUAGGGUAAACUUGAAGAAAUAAUUCAGGAAAGAAUCAAAAUCACUUCUUAUAUUGAAAAUAUUAGUCAACAAUUAUCGGUGUUUGUUCCUUACAUUGAGUCGUAUUUCAAAACUAAGGAGUCUGCUAAUCGUACCUGGCAGAUGCAUAUAAACAUAUUGCGCGAAGAAGUUCAAAGUGCAGCUCGUCGUAUUGAAAACAAAGUUAGAAAAGCACUUGAAGAAAAUUCUUUGUCUGAAUAGCAUUGUUUUCCAUAAACUAACUUUUUCUUGCAACUAACUUCAAUUGAUUUUUGUGAAUACCCAUUUUAUCAAAAUCUUUUUGUUUUGAGAGCUUUCCAGCAAACAAGUUCAUAAUGAUGUUUUCAUGCUACCGGAAUCUGUCGUGUAUAUAUAUAUAUAUUUAAUUGUCAAAAAUUAUCAAUUUAGGGAAUAAUUGGUUUGUUGUAAUCAUACUUAAAACUUAUUUCGUCCUUUACAUAAAUGAGAAGAAUCUUACACCUAGUUUUCGAAAGCUGUCAGCUCCGGUGUUCUAGUUAAUGUCCUGUAGUUUAUUACGGACAAACCUUAACUUCUUAGACAUUAAAGUUGAACAGUUCUCGGUUCUCUUUAGUUAGUAAAUUCACUUCUAA